GGGCGGCGUGACGUCACGGGCGGCGGCGCAUGCGCAGCUCAGUGUUGGGGUGAAGCUGGGACGGCUAAGAUGGCGACCAGUAACAGCCUGGACCAGGUGUCGAGUGCAGACGUGGACCACAGUGCUGUCACUGACAUUGUUGGAUCACUUGAGACACCUUUGACCGCACCAGCAAAAACCGCAUCAAAUCAAGCAGUAGAUGUUAGUGCCGAGGUGGGCGUGAGUGUGGGCGUGACUGGGACUGUGCAAGCUAAAACAAACGGUGGUAAAGUAGGGUGUCGAGGGGUCCCGGCGGUCAGCGGAGGCUCAGCAGUGUUAGCAGGCAAGGUUGUGGCUCCUGCUGGCGUGAGUGUCGCUGCUGCGUCGCCACAGGUCCUGCAGAGCGCGGGGGUCCCGGCCGGGGUUCUGAAAGGGGACUGUGGUGCUGGCGCCGCCCUCCAGGGUGGUCCCCGCCUCCCCCUCAACGCCCUCAACAACGGAGCUGCGGGCGUGAAGCCGGUGUAUGGGGUGGGCCCCACGCCCAUGACAGGUGGCGCCCAGGGCACGCAGGUGGUGGUGAACGGGGGUGUGUCCGGGGGGGCCCACGCAGGCUCCCCGCAGGCCAGCCUGCAGGCCCAGCCAGCUCUCAAGGGACUGACCAAGGUGGUGACCACGGCUGGAGCCGCGGGGCAGCCCGCUGUCAUCAUGUCCAAGCCAGGCACAGUGACCGCUGUGCCCUCGACCGGCACCCCCGGCACAGUGCCCAUCCCCCAGGGCAUGCAGAUCCUCAACAUGCGGCCGAGCCAGGCCAUCAAGACCACGCAGGGCACGACCACGCUCGCUCCCAGGAUGAUCCUCAGCCCUGCGCAGGUCCUCCCAGGGAUGCGUCCAGGACAGCCCGGGCAAAUCACCUUAGGCACACUACAAGGGUUGCCUCCUGGUGCUCAGGGACACCUGUUAGUCAAAACUGAAAAUGGUCAGCUCCAGUUGUUACGUGUCAAUGCUGCUGCUGCCCCGCCAGGUCAGCUGCCUACCAGCGUCACUACAACUACCACACUUCAGCAGGCCCCCACAACAGCAUACAGAUUCCAACAACCGCAGGCUGGCACGGUCGCGGUGAGGUCCGUGAUGGUGACGUCUGCAGCCGCACGCCCCAACACCAUCAUCCUCCAGUCACAAGCCAGUGUAUGUCCCCCUUGCACCUCCACUCUCCUCUCUCGCACUUGCUACAUCCAGAUAGACACGUUCACGUAGACCUGACCUAACCCUCUUCGUGGUGGGCCUCUUGGUGCUAUAGUCUUUUUCUUUCUCUUUCUUGUUCUCACACUCUUUUUCUUUUUUUCUUUCUCUCUGUCU